AAAGACUAAUUUGCUAAUAGAGGGUUGCUUAGAUUUUUUUUUUUGAAUUGAUAAUACAACACUUACAAUGGGGAAAAGUCCACGGAAAGGAGUAUCUGACAAGAUAUUCAAGAAAACUCCUACACAAACAACAACAACAGAAAAGAACAGAACCACACCUACCUAUGCCGGCAAGAACUUAAAAUCUUAUAAUCAUCAUAAUUAUGACCAGAAACGAAAAUACAGUAUCGCUGAUUCAAGUUCGUCUUCAGAUUCAGAAAAGACCAAAUAUACAAAGAUAUAUGCUAUUGAUUCCGGAUCCGAUUCGGAGUCUUCCCUCACUGCUGUUUCCGAUGAAGAAUUAAGUAGAAAAGAGUUGGAAAAGGUUUAUACUAAAGGUAGAAAAACAGUUGGUAAGAAAGUAAAGACCUAUGCUAAGAAAAGAACACCUAAGAAAACAGUUGAUUGGUCUGCAUACCAGGAAGCAAUCGAUGAUUCAAGCGACAAUGAAUAUGAUGAACACGAUGAGGAAGAAGAAGAAGAGCAUGAUGAUGAUGACGAAGAUGACGAGGAGCCGCAUGACCUUGAAGGUUUAUACUCCCUUAUGAACAAACGAAGAAAAAGUAGACAUCAACACGAAGACAGUGGAGAAUCCGAAGAAGAGUCUGGAAAUUCUUCUUCUGAAGCAUAUUCGUCUUCUGAUGAUGAUUCAGAAAUUGACUUUGUCAAAUUGCAGCAUGAAAGAAAAGCCAAGUCUAUGAAGGCGGUAAGAGCUUUGAAGAACUUGCCUAAACAGAAGUACGACGAAAGUGCAAUUUCAGAUGAUUCAGAUGAAUUAUCAGAUGUUCCUCUUGCUCCAAAGAAAGCAAAUAAUCGCAGAAAGAGUUCUAUUAUAUUCAGAAAACGAGCAGAUUCUGUCUUGCCUGAAGAUAUUAACUUUACCUUUGAAUUUGACGAUGCAGCCAAAGAUAGUUCCGAAAAUGAAGAACAAGAAGCCCAACCAGAACCAGAAGAAGAAGAGGAUAUCGGUGAAGAAGUUGAUUAUUCACCCACUAUCCCUGAAGCAGAAGAUAAUAUUGAUGCAUUUGAUUUCAAUUUUGAUAACCAGUUAGUUCCUAAGAUCAACGAAGAAGAAAUCAAUUCCGAUGAAGAUUAUGAAAUUGAUGACAAUGAAUUGUUAGCUGCUUUACAAGUUGAUAAUGACAUGGAUGAAUUAAUUGAAAAGCCAACGCCAACCAUGUCGAGACAAGGGUCAAUUGUAUCUGUUGAUGAUGAAGAUGCGUUCUUGAAGGAAGAAGAAAAAUUCUUGGUUAAUGAAUUUGAAAAUAAUGGAUUUGACGAAGAUGAAUUGAAUGUUGAUGGGUUUGACAGUGACAAUUCAAGCAUAAGAUUAAUUACUUCUUUCAAAGGUAUUGGAAAUGAAGGUGACAGAAUUAAACCAAUUAUUCAAUAUGAAACAAGUGAAGACAGUGAAGAAGAAGAAGAUUAUGAAGAUUUUGUGGAUUUUGAUGUUCCAUUAUUUGACAAGAGUGAUACUGAAGAUAAACCUGUUGUCAGUUUAAACAAAGUUGAUAAGAAAGCUUCAAAAAACAAGAAGAAAAGCAACAGUGACGAAGAUGAUGAUUCAUACUUGUGGAAUUAUUUCUUUAGUUCAGAUAAUAAUUCAAGUGAAGGAGAGCCAGAUGAAACUGAUCCAGUUGAAGAUUUAUUUAAGGAGAUUGACAACAGCAACAUUCCUAAGAAGAAACAACCAAUUACUGCCCCAGAAUCUUCAUUUAAUGACUCUUUGGACAUGGAUGAUGAUUUAGAUUAUGAUAGUGGAGAAUCUACCGAUGUUGAUUUAUCAUUACCUUCUAGCAAUACCACCGUGGGUUCAAAAUCAGCCAAGGAAGUCUUGUCUUCUAAAACUGCCGAUUAUAGACCACCAGUGCUCGGAUCAUGGAUUACAAUUGAUAGUAAACCAUUUGGAAUUAUUGAUGGGUUAUCAACAAGAAGUUUAACCAAACAAGAACCAAGAACCACCAUCCCUUCCACCAAGAAAGUCAUCAUACAACCAGUACCCCAAGCAGUAUCUGAUGAUCUGGCUUUAGGGUUAGAUGAGUUAUUAAAUGUGAGUGAAUUAGACGAUGAUGAUGAAAAUGAUGUCAAAAUCUGGCGUGAUUUCAAUAACCAAAAGAAACUGGUUCCAUUAGGUGCAUUUAGAAACAAAUCAGUAUUACAAAAUUCAUUAAUCCAGCCUGAAAAGGUCAUUAGUCAUAAACCAGCUGAUUUUAAGCGCAGAUAUUCAAAUCAACAUCAAAUCAAGAAACACCCUCAUCGUUCUUCUAAACUGAAACGAAGAAGACAAUCAAUAAUGGAAGCAGUAGCCGAAGGAUUUAGACCCACAAAAUCGGGAUUGUUUCAUGAAAAUGCAAUGGUUGAUGUAGAGGAAGUCUUGGGCGAUGAUCAUGAUUUAAUGAUGCUUAUUAAGGGAUUAUAGUAUAUUAAUUUGUUUUUGGGUUUGGUUUGAGGUUAGUCUUAGCGUAAGUGUUGUUUU